AUGAGCAGUACAGUGAGAAUUAUGAGAAGUGCAGUGAGUACUAUGAGCAGUACAGUGAGUACUAUGAGCAGUACAGUGAGAACUAUGAGCAGUGCAGUGAGUACUAUGAGCAGUACAGUGAGUACUAUGAGCAGUACAGUGAGAACUAUGAGCAGUACAGUGAGAACUAUGAGCAGUGCAUUGAGUACUAUGAGCAGUACAGUGAGUACUAUGAGCAGUACAAUGAGAAUUAUGAGCAGUACAGUGAGAAUUAUGAGCAGUGCAGUGAGUACUAUGAGCAGUACAGUGAGUACUAUGAGCAGUGCAGUGAGAAUUAUGAGCAAUACAGUGAGAAUUAUGAGCAAUACAGUGAGAACUAUGAGCAUUACAGUGAGAAUUAUGAGCAGUGCAUUGAGAACUAUAAGCCAUACAGUGAGAACUAUGAGCAGUACAGUGAGAACUAUUGGCAGUACAGUGGGAACUAUGAGCAGUACAGUGAGUGCUAUGAACAGUGCAGUGAGUACUAUGAACAGUACAGUGAGAACUAUGAGCAGUACAGUGAGAACUAUGAGCAGUACAGUGAGAACUAUGAGCAGUACAGUGAGAACUAUGAGCAGUACAGUGAGAACUAUGGGCGGUACAGUGAGUACUGUGAGCAGUACAGUGAGAACUGUGAGCAGUACAGUGAGAACUAUGAGCAGUGCAGUGAGUACUAUGAGCAGUGCAGUGAGUACUAUGAGCAGUACAGUGAGUACUAUGAGCAGUACAGUGAGUACUAUGAGCAGUACAGUGAGUACUAUGAGCAGUACAGUGAGAACUGUGAGCAGUACAGUGAGAAUUAUGAACAGUACAGUGAGUACUAUGAGCAGUACAGUGUGA